UCUCUCCCCUCUAAACCCCUUCUUCUCUUUCCUCCAAUAAAGGUAUCGUAUUUUGUGUUCAUUGAUCUGGUUGGGCGGAAGGAAUUAUAUGCUCUUGAUUCACUGUUUGUUCCAAAAGAUUACUUCGUUGUUUGAACUCUGCAGAACGUCAUACAGACGCCGAACGAUUAUACUUGAUUCGGUGAUAGACAAUCACACCAUUUUCAUCAUGCAUUUGGUAAAAAUUUGAGGGUAGGGUGGUGUUCUCUAAUAGUACUACAAGUUCUUUCAAAGCUCAGGUUGGAGAUAUCAGACGUGAUUUGUCUAACAGUUGGAAUGGCUAGUUUUCUUAAAGCUAUCAAGUCAUCAGAUAAUGGUAACAAAUCAAGUCAAUCUGUGCCAACUGAUGAACAAUGUUUUCUCCUAUCAUUCAUCAUGGGUGCCUUCCUUGGUCCUGACCUCAAAGGAGAAAUUCCUCGAAAGUCUGUCAUGCAGAGACGGGCUGAAGGAUUAGCACUUUAUUCCUUUGACCAACUGGAAAAAAAUCACAUGAAAAAGGUAGAUUUGGAGAGGAUUUAUUAUCAUAUUCUCAAACAAGCAGAUCAAUCCUUCAUAAUGAAACCAUCUUGGUUAGACCUGUUCUUCCAAGGAAAUCUCCUUACUUUCUCUGGUUACCCUCAAUUUCCCAAUCUUUUCCCUCCCCGCCUUCAUCCCCAGUGUAAGAACAAAAGCCGUUAUAAGAUCUUCAAAAACAUAGUUUUGAUAGAUACUCCAGAUUUAUCAUACUUAGAACCUCGAGAUGUAGAGCGGUUUAGAAGGCUGACUGGGCUUGAUGAUAUUAAUUUCGACAAGGGCUGGUUGAACAUGUUAGAUGUUUCUUUGCCUUCUGCGAGCCCUUCUCCAAGUCUUCAGUGGUUGAAGGCAAAUGGAAAUGAAUCUUGUAAUGGUGAUGCUGAAACAAACGGUUUUGUGGCUCCAUUACAGACUGAAACAAACGGAGGAGUAAUGGAGAAAGGCGAUUCAGCAGGUUUGAUACUCCUUUCCAAUCGUCCGACACAGGAAGAGUGGGAAAAUAUUGCAAAGGCAACAAAAAGUGGAACCGUGCUCACUGGAACUGCUGUAAUGGGACAAAUGGGGAGAGUUAUUGGUCACAUUGAUAUUGGAGAAUGUGAAGAAUCAUACUUAUUUCGUGUAUAUCUUCCAGGGGUUAAAAGGGAUGAAAGAGAAUUUGUUUGUGAAGUUGAAAGCGAUGGGAAAGUAAUGAUAAGUGGAGUGACAACAGUAGGUGAGGAAAUAGUUCACAGAAACAACAUGACAUUUCGUAUGCAAACGCAGAACUUUUGUCCGAUCGGGCAUUUCGCCAUCUCGUUUAAGCUUCCAGGCCCGGUUGAUCCUCAGCAAUUUUCUGGUAACUUUGGUACUGAUGGAAUUCUCGAGGGAAUAGUUAUGAAAGAGAGUUCAAGUCAAGAUAGCGACGAGUGAUUAGAGUUUUUUCGCUGAAAUCAAGUAUCGUUUACCCUUAUACAUGGUUUAGCUUGAAAUCAAAAAUUGUUUAACCUAUCAAAAUCUAGAAAGGAAAAAGAAGUUAGUGUUUUCUUUUGGUUUGCUUUUUAUAUAUACAGUGAAAUUUCGACUGUAUGUUCUAGUUACUGAGAUUGAACCGGGCUUGGCCAGGUCAGGUCAGGCCGGGUGGAACUUUCAUAGCAUUUGACGGAUAUGUUAAUUUAGCUACUAAGUUACGAAAAGCUCGGGUUGGUGGGUUUAUUGGUUCGAGUAAAUUGUGGUUGGUUUAGUUUGAUGUA